AUGGAAGAAAUUCCUGACGGAGAAACGUCAACGCCGUUAGAACUUACGGAACAGCGGGUUGUCAUUACGUUCUGCGUAAAGGCUGGUAUGACGUCUACGGAUACUUGCAAAUUUAUGAAUACGGGGGAAUGUGUGCAGAAAGUGUCAAGAAGCUUAGUAUUUGACUGGCAUAAACGUUUUAAAGAAGGACGCGAGGAUAUAAAGGAUAAUGCGCGAAUCGGGAGACCAAAACUUGCCGGGGGAGUAAACAGAGUGGGGUGCCUAGUUUCGUUAGACCGGAGAAUGUCUGCGGAUGACAUCGUGGUUAUUGUAGGACUUAGUCACGGUACUGUGCAUAAGAUACUUACGCAUGAUUUGGAAAUGAAUAAGGUGGUACGGAGGGAUUUGACACAUGCUGUAAGGGAAAAACGACCACACUGUGAAAGAGAACAUGUUAUUUCACCAGGAUAG